AUGCCUCUCUCUACCAACGACAAGACCAACGACACCGCUGCCACCCUGGUCAAGACAUUACAAGGGGCGUUUCACACACCACCGGGCUUCAGACCAGCCCACGCUCGAGGCAUCCUCCUCAAUGGCACAUUCACACCUACUUCAGAGGCCGGCUCUCUGAGCGUGGCGCAUCACUUCAACGCCAGUUCCACACCCAUCAUCGUCCGGUUCUCAAACUCGACAGGGAUCCCCCAGAUCCCCGAUAAUGCGGGCGACGCGAACCCGCACGGCAUCGCCGUCCGUUUCGUUCUGCCAGAGAAGGACGGGCGCCGCCAACACACCGACAUCAUUGCGCACUCGACGCCCUUCUUCCCCGUGCGCACGGGCGAAGACUUUCUCGAAUUUCUCCAGGCCGUCGGCGCGUCUUCGGCGCCGGACGCCCCCAAACCGUCGCCGAUCGAAGUGUAUCUGAGCAAGACGCCCUCGGCGGCGACGUUCGUGCUCGCGCCGAAACCCACGCCGGCGAGCUUCGCGACGGAGAAGUAUUUCGGGCUCAACGCGUUCAAGCUCGUCGCGGCCGACGGCACGGGCACGUUUGUGCGGUAUCGCAUCACGCCGGACGCCGGGGAGUCGCACCUGACCAAGGAGGAGGCCGAGGGCAAGGACCCCGCGUUCCUGCACAACGAGAUCCAGACGCGCAUCAUCGACGGCGGCGCGUCCUUUACGCUGUGGGGCCAGGUCGGCGAGGACGGCGACCCGACAAACGACGUGACCCUCCAGUGGCCCGAGGAGCGCCGCCUGGCCAAGCUGGGCACCAUCAAGGUCGAGUCCGUGGCCGACGACAACGACGAGAAACAGCGCACAACCAUCUUCGACCCCGUGCCCCGCAUCGACGGCGUCCAGCCCAGCGACGACCCCCUCCUCGACAUGCGCGCCAGCAUCUAUCUCAUCUCGGGCCGUGAGAGGAGAGCCGCGGGUCCUCACCACUAG